AUGGCUGUCACGUCCUCCUCAUAUAUGCUGCUCCGGAACUUCUCUACAGUGGGUAGGAAUAGGAUUGCUCAGUCUGUUCGAGCGAAUCAGAGAAUCUUCUCUACCGGCGAAUCCAUUAGGGUUCUUCCUCGUUUUAGUUCUCUAACAUCCAUUUGUUCUACUCGUGCUUCGCACAAUGAAGAGGCUGCAGCGAAGGCUGCUGCUGACACCGGAGCUCCGACCAUAUUUGACAAGAUCAUAGCAAAAGAGAUUCCAUCAGACACUGUCUAUGAAGAUGAUAACGUUUUAGCAUUCAGAGACAUAAACCCACAGGCUCCUGUCCAUGUUUUGGUCAUCCCCAAGUUUAGAGAUGGCUUGACCUCGCUGGGGAAGGCUGAACCAAAACAUGUAGAGAUUCUUGGCCAACUUUUGUACGUAUCAAAGAUUGUUGCUGAGAAAGAAGGUAUCCUCGAUGGGUUCCGUGUGGUCAUAAACAAUGGCGCUGAAGGCUGUCAAUCUGUUUACCAUCUUCACCUACACGUCCUGGGCGGCCGACAGAUGAAGUGGCCACCUGGUUAA